AUGGUGUUCACAAAGGAACACUUGGAUUCGAUUAAACAAGGAGAAACUUGGAUGAAGACGACUGCAGAAUCAUGUAGCAUCACUGCAGCAUUAAUCGUCACAGUCGUAUUUGCAGCAGCAAUCACUGUACCUGGUGGUAAUCAAGAAUCCGGUCUCCCCUUGUUCAAAGAAAAAUCUGCCUUCACUAUCUUUGCUGUAUCCAAUGCAUUUUCACUGUUUACAUCCGCUACCGCGCUACUACUGUUCCUAUCAAUCCUCACCGCACGUUUUUCUGAAAAAGAUUUUCUGGUUAGUUUACCAAGAAGGUUAAUUUUCGGUCUGUUAAUGUUAUUCAUCUCUACAACAGCCAUGAUGGUAGCCUUUGGUGCAAUCUUGGUCCUUGUCUUUUGUGAUCAAAGACCAUGGAUGCUAGCACCAAUAUGUGCAUUUUCUUGCUUGCCGAUUUCAGUUAUUGUUACUAUAAAAGUCCCUCUGUUAGUAGACUUGAUCCAAUCAACAUAUUACCCCAUCUUUGGUAAGCAUAGUUACCUUGAAUCUUGUAAAGUUAAUCGGAAAAACACCGUAUUUAUGAAGUAUGAGUAA